AGAUCGAGAUGACAGAUUCAGAGCUGGACUGUGGAGUCAGAGGAGACGAUUUGACAAGUGGAUAAAAAUUCGCAUCUAUUAAUCUAUUUUACCUUUUGUUUAAAGGAGCUAAUAGUACUUUGAUCGUCAUCAUGUCUCAGUUACUUAGAGCAUCUAUCCACAAGAAUUUGAAGAACCCCAAAGUUAUUGGAGGAGUAGCAGUUGCUCUUUUUGUUGCUUAUCGGGUAAAGAACGGCGCUAGUGUUCUCCGUCGCUGUGGAAUCGGCGGCCUACUCACUGGCGACCCGCCUAAUAAAGCCGGUCGUGCAGGCGCGACUGCUGAUGAUGUGCAAGCGGACGGUAAGAAAGAUGAUGGCCAGAACAAUUCGAAUAAACAGGGUGAACAUAAUAGUCCACAACACUCAAAUAAUCCAUCUAGAUCAUCAACAUCAGUAGGAAAAGACUUUUACAUCCGACUCAGGAGACUAUUCCGUAUUAUCUUGCCAGGAAUAUGGUCCAAAGAAUUUGGGAUUCUGUUUUUACACACAUUGAGUUUAGUAACAAGAACUUUCUUGUCAAUCUAUGUUGCUCAUUUGGAAGGAGGGAUGGUAAAAACAAUUGUUGAUACUAAUCUUAAAGGUUUUAUCUACCAAAUAAUGAAAUGGUUGGCACUUGCUGUUCCAGCUACCUUCAUAAAUAGCACAAUUCGCUUCUUGGAAUCGAGUCUCGCUCUUGCUUUUCGUACCAAACUAGUUGAUCAUGCCUACAAACUCUACUUCAAGAAUCAGACCUACUAUCGAGUUGGUAAUCUUGAUAGCCGAAUAGCUAAUGCUGAUCAGAAUUUGACAGAAGAUGUGAGAACAUUUUGUGAAUCGGUUGCUCAUCUGUAUUCAAGUCUAACAAAGCCACUGCUUGAUGUUGUGAUGAUGACCCUUGCCCUUAUUCGACUUGCGAGACAAGGAAAUGCAGGAACAAAUGUUCCUGGUCUGAUAGCAGGCUCAGUACUGAUUUUAACAGCCAAGAUCCUCAGGAUGGCAUCACCUAAGUUUGGAAGGUUGGUAGCAGAGGAAGCCCAUCGCAAAGGACAGUUGAGAUUUGUUCAUUCUAGGAUUAUCACCAAUGCAGAAGAGAUUGCUUUCUACAGUGGACAUGAGGUGGAACACAGAAAUCUGUUGGAGAAAUACCACUCAUUAAAGCGUCAGAUGACUCUGAUAUUCAAGAAACGUUUGUGGUAUGUGAUGCUGGAACAGUUUCUGAUGAAGUACAUGUGGUCUGCCUCUGGGAUGAUGAUGGUAGCUAUACCAAUCAUGACGUCGACGGGACCUGUACUAGAGGAUGGAGAAGUGUUGAGUGAAAGUGAGGAAGUGAGUUUAAGAACUCAAGGAUUCACGACAGCUAAAGGUUUACUUUCAUCAGCAGCAGAUGCCAUUGAGAGAAUCAUGUCAUCAUACAAAGAGGUAAGAACAAAUUCAUAAUGUUAAUCUUUUUUUAUGGGAAGGUGGGUGAAUUUUUUUUUUGUUCAAGAAAAUAUGUUAAAAUGUUUUGUGUUUUUCUUGUGUUAGUAAAAAUUAAUGUAAUUAGCAUGAAGCAUUUUUCAUUUAUGAAUGUUAAUUUUAGAGAUAUGUAUAUUUUUUCCCAGUAGCACCCUAGCCGCACAGAAUUUGCCCUUGGGGCUACAAAAUAUGACAAUAUUGCAUAGUUUGAAUUGUGAGUUUGAUUAUCCUGAAUUGUCUAGGCAAUAUUGUCUUCCAUGGAUAAUCAGGCAAUGCUCAUGUUUCUUUGUCAGCAUAGACUAGCAUACAAAACCAGGUACGGUGGAUUGGGUGGGGAUACUUUGAUGUCCCUUUUCCUUAGACCUUGAGAAUUAAUCCGGAGCUAAUGUAAAAUUGACACAUGGAAGCCCAAAAAAGUACAAGAAUGUUAAAGUCUUAUGCAUAUUAGGCUUAUCAUCUGAGCAUUUUGUUUUAAAAACAAAAUUUUAGGUUGUGAAUUUGGCUUUAUCGCGCUCAUUCAAGGCCUGUAUUGCAUGACAUCAUACUGUGUCAAAAGGAUUGUGAUUACCGGUACAUGAAAUGUAAUUAUGUGGAUUUCCAGAUUAUGAAGUCAUUUUUGUCUCACCUGCAUAGCGGAGCAAGAGCUGCGAGACUAUAGGUGCCGCUUCGCCGACGUCAUCAACAUUGAAAUCUUAACCAACGUUAAAUUUUUGAAAUGUCAUCAUAACUUAGAAAGUAUUUGGACCUAGUUCAUGAAACUUAGACAUAAGGGUAAUGAUGCAUUACUUAAUAUGGUUGUUUACUAAAGUCUAACUCUUUAAUCCUUUAAUCCAAUCACCCAAACAUGGACAAAAGCUCUGUUGAACAAUGACGCACUGAGUGGCGCCGAGCUCUGGCUUGUCAGUGUGAACAUCAUUAAGCCUUUAAUCUUUGCCGCAACUAGUUUAUGAAGAUAAUGCUACCCAAUGAUAUCAAAACAACCACUGAGAAAAUUGGACGUCCCAAUAUUAUUAAAUAAUAUAUAAAAUAUAUUGAGACGUAAACUCACCUCACUUAACCUUGAUCCAUCUUUCCUCCAAGCACAAAGUUAGUAAUGAAAUACUUACCGGUAGUGUGAUGUUAUAAGAAUGGUAGAUGUAUAAUUUUGAUUUCAUUGACUGAAUAUAGGUGAAAUGAAUAAAUUUUAAGAAUGUGUUACAUGCAUGAAUUCUUGACUUUAAUUAUGCAGAAGGAUUGCAAAUGUAAUUGAAAAUGGGAAAGGUAAGUUCAUUAAUUCGAUAAGAUUAUUUCAUCAGACGAUCCGAAAUGAGAAGAAUGCAAGAUGAAGAGGAAUUUGUUGCUGGUAUGAACAAUGAUGGCAAAAGGUGUUUUGGGUACGUAUUAUUUGAAUUAUUAUUAUUUCGGUUAUUUGCUAUUAUUAGAGCAUUCGAGAAUAUGACAAAAUUCAAUUUGUUUGUUUGAUUUUAUUUCUGCGUUCACGAUACAAUAGAUAAUAUGAAACAUGUUUACAUUCAUAACAUAUAAAGAUAAUUCAUAACAUAAAAAUAAUUCAUAAUACAAACAAUAUAUAGUCAUAUAAAAUGAAUCCAAAGUAGCAGUUUGAAUAUACUUUACUCAGGUAUGGAUGACAAAUUAUGAACUUACUGUUAGUCAUAAUCUGUUUGUGUACUAGUACAAACAAUUCAAUGACAUAACCUUACGUAACCUAAUCCACUCGAGUCCGCGGAAACAAUGGCGCACUGAGAUUCAGAUUGUUCA